UACUUGUAUAUGUUUUCCUCCAUAAAUUCAAGUUGGACUAAAAGCAAUUAAAAUUUCGAGGCGCAUGGGGAUUCAAAACUUUGUUUUUUAUAUUGCGUUUGUAUAGAGUUGCUUCUUCAAAUCUUUCUUUAAAAAUGGCUGCAACUUCUCCAUACCAUAUCGCAUCUCUUCUUGAUAAGAUGUCAUCAUCAGAUAAAGAUUUUCGUUAUAUGGCAACAAAUGAUUUAAUGAGUGAGUUGCAAAAGGAUUCAAUAAAGCUUGAUGAUGACCGUGAGAGAAUGGUUGUUCAGUCUCUCAUUCGACUGUUAGAAGACAAGAAUGGUGAAGUUCAAAAUCUUGCAGUAAAAUGUUUAGGUCCACUUGUACGGAAGGUAAAGGAACAACAAGUUGAAUGGAUUGUAGACACACUUUGUUCAAAUAUGAUAUCCUCAAAGGAACAGCUUAGAGAUAUAUCAAGCAUCGGAUUGAAAACUAUCAUUAAUGAAUUGCCAGUUGCUUCAUCACCUUUAUCUUCAAAUAUAUGCAAAAGAAUCACUAGUCGUUUAACAGAUGCAAUUGGAAAGAAUGAUGAUCAAUCAAUCCAACUUGAAGCUUUAGAUAUUCUUGGAGAUAUAUUAAGUCGUUUUGGAGGGCUUCUUGUUUUGUUUCACUCAGCAUUAUUGAAGAGUAUGCUACCUCUACUUACAAAUAAGAGAAUGGCUAUCCGAAAAAGAGCUAUUGUUACUCUUUCACAUUUGAUGAUAACUGCAAAUUCCACCGUAUUCAUUGACUUGAUGUUACAUUUAAUUAGUGAACUUCAAACCAAAAAUAACCAAGUCGAUGUUAGAACUUAUAUUCAUUGUAUUGGAUCUAUCUGCCGUCAAUCUGGUCAUCGAGUUGGAGAUCAUUUAGAUCGUGUAAUACCUAUGAUAAUUUCUUUCUUUUCUGAUGGAGACGAUGAACUUCGAGAAACAUGUAUUCAGACACUUGAAUCUUUUGUUUGUAAAUGUCCUAAAGAAGUAACACCAUAUGUUGGCAAAAUAACUGAUCUUUGUUUGGAAUAUCUUUGCUAUGAUCCAAACUACAAUUAUGGUGAAGAUAUCAAUGAUGGCUGCUCUCUUGAUACAAAUGAUGAUGAGGAUUUUGAUAAUGAAGACGAAGAUGAAUACAGUGAUGAUGAUGAUAUGAGCUGGAAGAUAAGAAGAGCUGCAGCCAAGUGUCUUGGAUCAAUCAUGAGUUCACGUCAUGAGCUUUUAAAUGAUUUUUACACGUGGAUUUCUCCUCGGUUAAUUUCAAGAUUUAAAGAAAGAGAAGAAAAUGUGAAAGCAGACAUCUUUCAAACGUACAUCUCUCUUCUUCGUCAAACGCGUACAAUGGCAUUAGGAGAUAAAACAAAAGAAAUCAAUGAUGGACCUCUGAAACUGUUAAGCGAGCAAGUUCCUACACUAAUAAGAUGCAUUUAUAAGCAACUUCAAGAAAAAAGUGUGAAAACAAGGCAAGGGUGUUUUGAGUUGUUGACAGAAUUAGUUACUGUAUUGCCUGGAGCAUUAUCAAAUCAUAUCGAGCUGAUAGUUCCUGGUAUUGCUUUUUCGUUAAAUGACAAAAAUUCAACAUCAAACAUGAAAAUUGAUACGCUGGCAUUUUUAGGAUUCAUAUUAACAAAGCACGAACCACAUAUUUUUUUCCCUCAUAUUUCAAAGCUGUUGCCUGCAGUUAUUGUUUCAAUUAAAGACCCUUUUUAUAAAAUUGCUUCUGAAGCAUUGAUUGUUGCACAAAAUGCUGUGGCUGUAAUGUGCUUGCUUGAGAAAUCUAUUUACUCUGAAUAUUUACAUGACCUGUACAAAGCAGUUUUUAGUCGACUUCAAGCAACUGAUAUUGAUCAAGAAAUUAAAGAAAAGUCUAUCACCUGCAUGGCACAAAUCCUGAGCUACAUGGGAGAUUCACUUUUAUUGGAAUUACCCUCUUGCUUACCAAUAUAUUUAGAACGUCUUCAAAAUGAAAUAACUCGACUCACAACUGUUAAAGCUCUAAUUCUGAUUGUCUCAUCUCCUCUAAAAUUAGAUUUGUCUUUACUUUUAAAUGAUGCUAUACCAAUUAUGUCUUCUUUUCUUCGUAAGAAUCACAGAGGCCUGAAGUUAUCUACAUUAACAUGCUUGGACACUUUUAUACAAAACUAUGGUGGAGUGAUGUCAAUGAAACAUUUUGAAGCUAUUUUAAACGAACUUGUUUCUUUAAUCAAUGAAGGUGAUCUUCAUAUCUCUCAGCUUGUUCUUUGUCUACUCACUUCUAUGAUAACUAAUAAGAAACAGUUAAUGCCUAUGAUCAAAAGUAAUGUUUUGCCAGUGGCACUUCAUCUAACUAGAUCUCCUUUGUUACAAGGCAAUGCAUUGAAAUCUAUGUUGUCCUUUUUAACGCAUUUUGUUUCAAGUGAAGAAAUAGAGUAUCAACCACUGAUAGAGAUGUUAACUGAAGUUAUUUAUCAUCCGACUAGUAAAACUUCCAAUUUAGUUGUCCACAAAAUGGCAUUUUACUCUAUUGCAAAAUGUGCUUCAGCCAUUACAUUAGCCUGUAAAGUUCAAGCAGAAAAUACAAUUUUAAAAUUAAUUUCAGAUAUUAAGAAUACUAAUUCAUCUGAUUCAAUUUGCUUGUUUGCACUUUUAACCAUUGGAGAAAUUGGGUCAAGCAUUGAUUUAAGCAACAAUCCUGAGCUAAAAACUGUUAUAGUCAAUUCGUUUGCAUCCGAAUGUGAAGAUAUCAAGUCUGCAGCAUCUUAUGCAUUAGGUCAUUUAUGUGUUGGAAACUUAACUGCCUACUUGCCAUUUAUAUUGGAUCAAAUUAAGAUGAAUACCAAGAGACAGUAUCUUUUGUUGCAUUCGUUAAAAGAGGUGAUUACUUGUCAGUCAGUAUCUCAAACUCCUUCUAUUCUUCAACCUUUUCUUCCGGCAAUUUGGGGUUUGCUAUUUUCACAUUGCGAAAGUAAAGAAGAAGGGACAAGAAAUGUAGUUGCUGAGUGUCUUGGAAAGCUAACGUUGAUAGAUCCUGUUAAUUUACUUGAACAGUUACAAGCUCGUUUGACCUCUCCAUCAUCUGUGAUGCGCAGUACUGUGAUUACGGCCAUUAAAUUUACUAUUAUAGAUCAACCACAACCAAUUGAUUUAUUAUUAAAACAAUGCCUACAUCUAUUUCUACAACCUCUUGUUGACACUGAUUUGAAUGUUCGUCGAGUAACUUUGGCAAUGUUCAAUUCAGUAGCUCACAAUAAACCAGGAUUAAUACGAGAUUUACUCGUCAAUUUGCUGCCGCAUUUGUAUAAUGAGACAAAAAUCAGAAAAGAACUUAUAAGAGAAGUUGAAAUGGGUCCUUUCAAACAUACUGUAGAUGAUGGUCUUGAUAUUCGAAAGGCAGCAUUUGAAUGCAUGUAUACACUGAUUGACUCAUGCUUGGACAGAGUGGAUAUUUUUGAAUUUUUAAAUCACGUUGAAGAUGGUUUGAAAGAUCACUAUGAUAUUAAGAUAUUAACAUACUUAAUGAUUGUUCGAUUAUCGACAUUAUGUCCAAUUGCAGUUUUACAGCAUCUGGAUCGUAUUAUUGAACCCCUUCGUAGUACAGUUCAGGCCAAAGUAAAAGCAAAUUCAGUCAAGCAGGAAUACGAAAAACAAGACGAACUUAAACGUUCUGUUUUAAGGGCUGUUGUUGCUCUCAAAAAUAUACCUGAUUCAGAUUUAAAUCCGAUAUUUGCUGAUUUUAUCUCUCAAAUUCGUUCAAACCCUGAAACUUCGAUGAUGCUUGAUUCUGUACAAACAGACUCAAAUAUUAUUUCCUCUUCUGAGAGUAUGGAUAACCUUUGAACAAACGAAAAAAAUUUCUACAAAGUAUGGAGAACGUAUGUGAUUGUUUUGUUACUGCUCAUCGUCAAUGUUUCGAGAAUAUAAAUGUUUUUGUUAUUUUUUUAACAUUCAAUUUAAACUUUAGAGACAGUUUGCUUGAUAAUCGGAGACUUAUAAAAAUCUGUUAUGAAUAAUGAUUGAUUUUUAGGAA